UCAAAUCAAAUUUAAAUAUAUGAGCAUAGUCCAUAAAAAGAAAACUAAAUAUACCGGAAAGUGUCUUUUAACCUGCAAUCAGAGUAUUCAUUCAUGAAACAUUUCAGUAUAAAUGACGCAUAAACUAGACGUUAGCCAAUAGAAUAAUCAUCUAUCAUCUCUCUUUCUUUCUUUGGCUCAAUUCAUUGUAUUACACCAAACCCACUCUGCCUCUUCUUUCCAGAAAUGGAGAAUUUAUUGGGUCUUCUGAGAAUUCAUAUCCACAGAGGUAUUAAUUUAGCAAUUAGGGAUGUUACUAGCAGCGAUCCUUAUGUUGUUGUUAGGCUGGGUAGACAGAAACUGAAGACUCGAGUGGUGAAGAAAAAUGUCAAUCCUGAAUGGAAUGAAGAUUUAACAUUAUCCAUCACUGAACCAAUUCAACCAAUCAAACUGCAAGUCUAUGACAAGGAUAUAUUUUCCCUAGACGAUAAAAUGGGAGAUGCAGAACUUGACAUAUUUCCAUUUAUAGAUGCUGUAAGAAAGCGCUUCGAGAACAUUCCGAAUGGAACCAUAAUCACCAAAAUAAAGCCAAGCAGGGAAAAUUGCUUCUCUGAAGAAAGCUGUAUUGUCUGGGAAAAUGGUCAGGUUGUUCAAAAUGUGUUUAUUAGAUUGCGAAAUGUUGAGCGUGGUGAAAUAGAGUUACAAUUGCAGUGGAUUGAUAUUCCUGGUUCUAAGGGUCUCUAGUUACUUAUUCUAUCCAUCAUGUACAGUAAGUAUGCUUUCUUGAUGUCUAAUUAGCUUCAUCUUGUAUUGUCUCCCUUCUUUGAUCUGUAAAGUUAUGGUGAGAUAUUUGUGGUAUUUUUCGUUGAAUUUUCGUCUUAUUGAAUAUUAAAGUUACCUAAUCAAUGAAUUAGUUAAUUGUUGUUCAUCUUCA